AUGGCCAAGGAAGUGGCGGUACCGUCCUCCAUAAAAGAGAGCCCGUCAGAGGACGCCAACAAGGAAUCUGUGAUUGCUCAUAUCGAUGCAUCACCUACCAAUGCUGUGACUUCGGCUGAGAAACGACUCCUUCGAAAAAUCGACUGGCGGGUGUUGCCCAUUCCAAUCAUGCUAGUUGGCUUGUCGUCGAUUGACCGAACCAACAUUGCCUCGGCCAGAGUCGCAGGGAUGGCAACUGAUCUCGAGUUGACUGGCAACCGAUAUAAUGUCGCUGUUUCUGUCUUCUUCGUUUUCUACGCUCUGUCCGAGCUACCAAGCAAUCUUAUUCUCCGGCCGAUUGGUGUCGUUCCAUACUUAUCGUUCCUCAUCUUAGCAUGGGGAACGAUCGCAAUGUGUCUUGGAUUUGUGCAGAAUUUCGUGCAGCUCACCGUUUUGCGCCUUUUACUGGGUCUUUUUGAAGGGGGACUUAAUCCUGCGUGCGUCUACCUCAUUUCUUCGUGGUACAAGCGGUACGAGACCCACCGUAGGAUUGCCAUUUGGUACACUCUUGCCAGUACGAUCGCCGGAUUUGCCGGCGUCAUUUCGUACGGAUUCAGUAAAAUGGAGGCGGUCGGUGGACUCCGUGGAUGGCGCUGGAUCUUCAUUAUGCCUGGCUUGAUUACGAUCCUAUGUGUUGUCCCGGUUUACUUGUUCGUUUCCGAAUUCCCCGAGAAGGCCAGAUGGCUGAAACCAGAAGAACUCGACCUUGUGCGACAGCGCCUCCGGGAAGAUCGGGCGGAAGAACUUGACGAUAAGACGACGCUUAGAGAGUCACUAGCCCCGUUGAAAGACUGGCGAAUCUGGGCUAUGUCUAUGUUAUACUUCUACCCGGCCGCUGGAUAUUACGCUCUGGCCUUCUUCAUGCCAUCCAUCCUCAGCGCCUUCGGAUUUUCUGUAGCUCUAAGCCAGAUCCUCCAGACACCACCUUAUAUUCUAGGAGCCAUCUGCUCCGUUGCAACGGGCUACUACGCCGACAAGAUCCACAAACGGUCACCAUUUAUGCUUGGCCAUGCGAUCGUGACGAUCGUCGGCUUCCUCCUGAUGGGUUGGGGGGCCAACACAGGUGGUAAACUCACCGGCGUGUUCUUCUCCAUGACUGGAAUUCAAUGCAUCAUACCGACUGUCUUUGCCUUUAUGUCAAACAAUAUUGUCUCAGUUAAGGCUCGGAAAGUGGGUAUCGCGAUGCAAAUUGUGGUAGGAGCCAUCGGUGGCAUUACCGGCUCCCAGAUAUUUCGAACAAAAGACGCCCCAGGGUAUAGGCCUGGCAUGUACGCCGCGUUCGCGCUCAUGGCGGUAUUUGUAAUCAACGUGGCCGGAGUCACGGAGUACUUCCGUCGUCAGAACAAGAAAGCUGAUGAAGAAGGUCUGAUUAUAGAUGGGGUGGUGGGAUUCCGAUAUACACUAUGA